AGUUUUGGAUUCAAAACCUCAAAGUACACUUUUGGUGAAACGAAGGGGAAAAGGGCAGCACUGCAAUUCUGGUAUUGUACACUUCCCUUCCGACUCGCAUUGCAGAUUGAAAUUGAUUUUCUUUCAUGAGAAAAAUGGCUUCGGAAGAUUCGAAGCCGGUGGUGAAGAAAGAGGUGGAUUCCAACAACAAGAGUUCCGUUUCCAAAAAGGUCACAAAAUUCAAGAAAGAAGAGCCCGAAGCCGUUAAGAAGGGUCCUAAAGUCAAGAAGGAAGAAAAUGACGACGACAUUCCCAUCUGGAGAAGCACCUCCAACUCCAAGGAAGUGAAGAAAAAGAGGAUAACAAUAAAGAAAGAGGAAGAGAAUAAGAAUAAUAAGAAGAAGAAAGAAAAAAAGGUUUAUGAUUUACCUGGCCAGAAACGAGAUCCACCCGAGGAGAAAGACCCUCUUAGGAUUUUCUACGAGACUUUGUUCAAGCAAGUCCCCAGCAGCGAAAUGUCACAAAUCUGGUUGAUGGAAUCGGGGUUGCUUCCCAAAGAUUUGGCAAAGAAAGUAUUUGAGAAGAAGAAGAAAGUUCCGCAGAAGCUCACUUCUCCAGUUAAGUCUGUAGCUGCUGUGAAGAGCAACACUAAGUCUGUCACAGUUAAGAAAAAAAGCCCAACCUCCCCUGUCUCUUCUGUUAAAAAGAAGACAACGACAACAACAACAACAACAUCAAAGCAGUCCAAGAAGAGGAAGGCUAAGGAUCUAAGCUCUGAGGAUGAUGAUGAUGAUGACACAGACUCUGAUGGUGAAUUUGUAUUAUCAUCAGUAGCAAAGAGGAGAAAAAUGGCUUAACUAUGCCCUUCUGUGACACUCGUAUUUAUUUUUCGCAUUUUUUCUUUACCAUUUAUUGCUGGUGACACAACUUGUAUGGCAUGAUGUUAUAUAACUUUUAAGAUGUUGCCCGUGGUUUACAGAGCAGCUAGUUUUAAUCUUGACCCAACUCUCACAACUCAAUUUUUUCUCUAAGAAUUUGGGUUCAGACUUAAUCUCAAUAGUUAGUUUAAAAGGUGA